UAGAGUAUCGUAUUUAUUGGAGUGCACAUGUCCUCCUCCGCCGUGGCCCUUGUUUGCGGCACCUGAAUUCUGAACCGCCGGAAUUUGAAGGAGAAAAUGGCGCGGGGUAUAACAGCAAUUUGGUGCGUAAUGCUCACCAUCUUCGUAUUCAACUCGCCGUUUAGGAGGGCACCCUUCACACUGGCAUUGCCUCGAACAGAUGGAGGAGCUUCGCUAAACGAAGAUGGAAAUGUGAGGAGAGCGAUGAUAGAAUUGGAGGGUGGACCGGAGGAUGUGGCGUGGGUUGUUCAGCUCUCUGAUCUCCACUUUAGCGUACACCACCCCGACAGAGCCCUUGACUUCAAGGCCAUCGUGGGGCCUGCUCUAGCCAUGGUCAACCCUUCCUUGGUCUUCAUCACUGGCGACCUUACUGAUGGGAAAAGCAAGGAUUUACUAACAAUGAAGCAAGAUGAAGCGGAAUGGGUAGAAUAUCAGAAAGUGAUGGAAGAUGUCAUUAAAAGGAGUGGGCUGAAAGGGAGCACUUUUUAUGAUCUCAGAGGAAACCAUGAUAAUUUUGGUGUGCCAGACACCGGUGGUUCAUUUGAUUUUUACUCUAAAUAUAGCAUCAAUGGGCAGAUGGGAAGAAAUGGAUCAGUUAACAGUGUCACUGUGCAGACUGGCACACGCAAUCUACUUUUUGUUGAGUUUGACAGCACCACAUCUUUAGGAUUACGGGGUCCAACUAAUUUAUUUGGUCAUCCAACUGACCAGUUGUUAUCUGAUAUAAGCUCUGAACUAUCACAAUUGGAUCCUCUACUUGCAAAACCUAUUGUCAAGAUUUCACUUGGGCACUUUCCACUCUCCUUUUCUGCAGCAGCUUAUUCUAGAAGGACUCUAAAGGACGUGUUUCUGACACACUCCUUGUCAGCUUACUUGUGUGGGCAUCUGCACACAAGGUUUGGAAAAAAUUUAAAACGGCAUCAUCAAUCGAAUCACCAUCCCUUGUACUCCCAGCAGUACUUUCAGUUGAAUGGACAUGGAUUACCUGUUGAAAGACCUAAAGAUUUUUCUCUAACGGGCACUAAAGAAUUUUGGGAGUGGGAAAUGGGUGAUUGGAGGAAGAGUAGAGCUAUGCGUAUUUUGGCCAUUGAUAGAGGUUGGAUUUCAUUUGUAGAUAUUGACUUCAGAUUGGGGGCAAAAAAAACUAUUAUAUUGCCUACAUUUCCACUUGACUCUCGCUUUAUUUUGGAUAAGUCAUUUCAGAAGAAUGAAUCUCAGCCUGUGGAUCCUACAUUUUACAGUAAUAUCAGAGUUCUUGUGUUUUCUUCUACUCCAAUUGUAUCUGUUGUGGCCAGAAUCUAUGACUCAAGGCCUGGUAAGCUCAUUGUUGUAAUAGAAGCUCCUAUGAAGAAAAAUGGGAAUGGCUUAUCUAGAGGGGACCUUUAUACUUGCCCCUGGAAUUUUAAAGCUUUUGAAGAUCCAUCACCUGAACGAUUCUUGUUGCAAAUUGAAACAGUUGAUAUUAGUGGGAGAUCAACUUUGACUGAACUACGACCCUUUUCCAUUGUUGGUCAACGUGCUAGGCUCCCAUGGAAUUGGAAAGAAUUUUUUGUUAUGGGUUGUCAAUGGGAUGUUUUAUAUUACCCAAUCUUCUGGUCCUUUUACUUGUUUACCCUAUCCAUUCUUCUUAUUCCGAAAGCCAUCUUCUUGUUUUCUAGAAAACAAUAUAGUUAUAGGACAUUCAUUUCCAACAAGGGUUUAUCAAGUUACAUAACAUGGAUUCUAAUGGAGCUAUACAGUGUUCCAUGGGUGUGGUACUGUAUGGUUGGUUACUUGUUUUACCUCAUAUUAUGCCCUUGGCUUUGCGGCCAAGUUCUCAUGGAAGGAGAAAGGGGAUACAUGACAUUUCGAGGUUGGGCAUUCAGAUUCAAUACAAGUGAAAAGCUCAAGUUUGUUGGGUUUCCAGAUAUAAUGGUGGUUGUUCUUCCUCAUCUUUAUUUUGUCAUUUUGCCUGCACUGUUUGUGAUUAUAGCAUGUGCAGCUGAAAGAGGAAUAUACCGAGACUAUUUGCGUGCACUUUCUGGGAAAAAAGAUGAUUCUGAGAAUAAGAUUUCUUUUUCAUCUACUUGUGGAAGAAAUUAUACCUCGAUACUUCUCCGUAUGCGAUGGAUUAGGAAAGCUCUAGUGCUGAUUUGUUUGGCAAUAUGUUGGAAGCAUUUUAUGAAUUGCAGAGCUCUUUGUAAAGCGUAUGAGAUGAACCCAUUUAUCCAUUUCCCAGUUUAUAGCCUGGCAGUCCCGCUGUUGUUGGUUUACACAAUCCACAAAACCAGCAGAAUUUGAGUGGCAUCCCGCGUAACUAAAAGGUUUGUCAUUGUUGUGUUUUACAGUUUUUAUAAUACUGCUGGGAACGGUUUCAUAUAUACAUUCAUUACCUAUAUAAAGAUUCAAAAUAUUUAUUUGACAAAUCUUGAUUGGAA